UUUUGUAGAAAAAUGAGAAUGUGAGACUUUGCUGAAUCAGCAGAAACUAUGUCCAACAAAGAACUACAGGAGGAAGAGUUGGAAGUCCUCCAUUCAAUAUAUGAUGGUGAUGAAAGUUUUAAACAAGUAAAUGAGACAACAUUCCAGUAUAAAUAUGGUGAAGAAGGCAAUCAUAGAUCAUUUGUAAUGGAGAUUUCAUGGACAGCGGACUAUCCAAAACAGAGUCCUAAUAUUAAGUUAGAUGCUUUCUACAAUAAACACAUAUUGAGUAACGUGAAAGAAACAAUAAAGAACAGUGUAGCGGAGCAGAUACCAGAUUUGAUUGGCUGUGCCAUGACGUAUACCUUAUUUGAACAUGUAAAAGAGAAUUAUCCUGAACUGAUAUCAGAACAGCCAGAAGUCCCAUCUCUUAAUCAGAAUGAUGAAGAUAAGAAUCAACCAGAUGUUUCUAAAAAGAAAGAAAAGAAAGAACAGUUAACUAAAAAUCAGAAGAGAAAAAUGUAUGAAAGAAUGAAUGCAGCAGGAGAGAAACCGAGGGGUUAUGAUUGGGUGGAUAUAAUCAAACAUUUGAGUCAGAGCGGUGUUCAAACUUAAUAAAUACAUCAGAAACUA